CAUCAGUGAGCAGAGCUAGCCACUCCUCUCCUCCACAGGUCCAGGCACCCUCUGGAGAUGGUGGUCCUGCUAGCCUUGCUCACAGCCCUGGGCUUCCCAUUGGCACAGACCAAGGUCAGGACCAGGCAAGCAGAGCCUAUCUCCUGUCACGUCUGUGAGAUAGAGAACAGCUUUAACUGCACAAAUCCACAGGUGUGUCCUCCUGAGAAACAGUUCUGUGUGAUGGCUGCCAUUCGAUUAUUUGAACGUUUCUACCGUUCUUCAAAACAGUGCACCAGAGUCUGUCCGGUCCCUGCAGUUUUUGAACAGAAACAGCCUGUUGAUGUACCUCCUGAGCCUAAGCCCUUUGUGGUCCAAAAACCCUUGCCCUUCAUAUACGCAAGGUGCUGCAAAUGGAACUUGUGUAAUGAGGGUGGGCCGAACAUCCCGAGGUUCAAAGAGCUUCCUGGAAAAGCCAGCGAGAGAAGACACAGAUAUACUGAGCUGUUCCUCACUGGCUUCAUGGUCCUUACUGCUCCUGUUCUCACAGACCUCAGCCUGCUUUAAUCUGCAGACAGACCUGGAGCAUGCCUUGAAUUCCCGGCACCCUGCAGGACCCUUCUAAUAAAUUUGUUUUCC